CCGACCCGUUAUAUAUUUCUGAAUUGGGUCAAUCAAUUGAAGUAAAAUUUCUGUUGCAAAAGAGCGAAGGGAAAAACCUCAAAUUUGACUAAGUUUCUCUCCACCGUCCGUUGCCGGAAACAUGGUACGAUUACAGCCUGAUCCCUUCCUCAAUGAACUCACCAAUAUGUUUGAGAGGACUACAGAAAAAGGCUCUGUGUGGGUUACUAUAAAGCACUCUUCUGACAAGUCCAAGGUUAAGAGGAAUAAGAUGAAGACCGCCGGGGAAAAGAUUGAAUUUAAGUGCCUCAUUCGAGCUACAGAUGGAAAGAAAACUAUUUCAACAAUGGUCGGUCCAAAAGAUCACCAACGAUUCCAGUCCAGUUAUGCAACUAUCUUGAAAGCCCGGAUGACCGCCUUGAAAAAGAGGGAGAGGAAGGACAGGCGAAAGGUGGCAGAUUCCGAUAAAAAGCAGGAGCAGAAGAAGCAACCCACCAAACCCUCUAACUAAACCGCCAUUGAGUUUGGAUACGAUGCGCAUCAAAACCUCUGCCUUCACUCGACGAUGAGGUGGGAAGUCCUUUGGCUCAAGAAACAGGGAGGGACAUGUAGCUGCCUUUUGGCAAUCCCUUUGGAUGAAGGUUAACUUUCCUAAAGCAGCAAAGUAAUGUCACCAAACAUUAGAAAAAACUACAAUUAAAUCAGGUUAUAGCUAUAACAUAAAAACAAGAAGGGAUACCAUUUGUGAUCUCCAACGGAGAACUCUUACCCCAAACAUCCUCUAGCUUGGAAAAGCUGGGAAUCGUCCAUUCGCGCUUUGUAGGUGUCGUGUGUUCCACCAACUUCAGAGCGUACCCUUUACUCGGAUCCAUCAAAGUCUUCCUAGAGAUCACUUUGGAAAUUCCACAUUUUGUUCAAAGGGCAUGGAUGUGUCUGGGAAUUCCUGAGAUCAUCAUGUUUUAAUGAUAGCAUACAAUGAUUCUGAUGUAAAUGACACUGAAACCCUAGUUUCUUGUAAUUUGUAAAAAAAAUAAAAACUAUAUAGUAAAACUUGAGAAAAUUAACUACCUCGAAAUGAGGAGUACUUGGUUGUGUU